UGACGCAAAUCCUAGGGGGUCGAGUGGGGCGGGCCCAUGCUAUAAGCCGCGGGUUGCGGGUGGCCAACCUCUCAGAGGGCGUCUGGAUCGCGAGUAGCGGCUGGGCGGUAGCGGACAGAGGAGGAGGCGCCUGAGUUCUUCCCUGUGGCAACUCACAAUGAUGGAUCAAGCCAGAUCAGCAAUCUCUAACUUGUUUGGUGGAGAACCAUUGUCAUAUACCCGGUUUAGUCUGGCACGCCAAGUAGAUGGAGAUAAUAGUCAUGUCGAGAUGAAACUAGCUGUAGAUGAAGAAGAAAAUGCUGACAGUAAUAUGAGGGCCAAUGUCCCCAAAUCAAAAAGGUUUAACGGAAGUAUCUGCUAUGGGACUAUUGCUGUAAUCAUCUUUUUCUUGAUUGGAUUUAUGAUUGGUUAUCUCGGCUAUUGUAAACGAGUAGAACCAAAAACUGACUGUGGAAAAUCAGGAACAGGGGUGGAGGAAUCAGAAAACUCAGAAGCAGAAGAGGACUUCCAUGAAACACCUUCUCGCUUGUAUUGGGCAGACCUUAAAGCAAUGUUGUCAGAGAAACUGAAUACCAUAGAUUUCACCAGCACUAUCACGCAAUUGAAUCAAAAUACAUAUGCCCCUCGUGAGGCUGGGUCUCAGAAAGAUGAAAAUCUUGCCUAUUUUAUUGAAAAUCAAUUCCGUGAAUUUAAACUCAGCAAAGUCUGGCGUGACGAACACUAUGUUAAGAUUCAGGUCAAAGGCAGCCAUGUUCAAGACUCGGUGAUUCUAUUGAAUAAUAGCCUGGCAUACCUGUUGGAGAAUCCAGAGGGUUACGUGGCAUACAGUAAAGCAGCAACAGUUACUGGCAGAUUGGUUCGUGCUAAUUUUGGCACUAAAAAAGACUUUGAGGAUUUAAAUGUUCCUGUUAAUGGAUCUUUAGUGAUUGUUAAAGCUGGGAAAAUCACUUUUGCAGAAAAGGUUGCAAAUGCUGAAAGCGCAAAUGCAAUUGGUGUCUUAAUAUACAUGGACCAGGCUACGUUUCCCGUUCUUAAGGCAGACCUUGCAGUCUUUGGACAUGCUCAUCUGGGAACAGGCGACCCUUAUACACCUGGAUUCCCAUCUUUCAAUCAUACUCAGUUUCCUCCAUCUCAAUCAUCAGGAUUGCCUAAUAUACCUGUCCAAACAAUUUCCAGAGACUGUGCAGAAAAGCUGUUAGCAAAAAUGGAAAAAGACUGUCCUUCUAGUUGGAGAACAGACUCUUCAUGUAAGAUGCAAUUCCCAGAGAAUAUGAAUGUGAAGCUAUCUGUGAACAAUGUGCUGAAGGAGAUAAAAAUUCUUAAUAUCUUUGGAGUUAUUAAAGGCUUUGAAGAACCAGAUCGCUAUAUUGUAAUAGGGGCCCAGAGAGAUUCCUGGGGUCCUGGCGCUGCAAAAUCCAGUGUAGGAACAGCUCUUCUCUUGGAACUUGCCCGGACAUUUUCAGAUAUGGUUUUAAAAGGUGGGUUUAAACCCAGCAGAAGCAUCAUUUUUGCCAGUUGGAGUGCUGGAGACUUUGGAGCGGUUGGUGCCACUGAAUGGCUUGAGGGAUACCUUUCUUCUUUGCAUUUAAAGGCUUUUACUUAUAUUAAUCUGGAUAAAGUUGUUCUUGGUACCAGCAACUUCAAGGUUUCUGCCAGCCCUCUCUUAUACAGGCUUAUUGAGAAAACAAUGCAAGACGUGAAACAUCCACUUACUGGACUAUCUCUGUAUCAGGACAGCAAUUGGGUUAACAAAGCUGAGCAACUUUCCUUUGAUAAUGCUGCUUUCCCUUUCCUUGCAUAUUCUGGAAUUCCAGCAGUCUCUUUCUGUUUUUGUGAGAAUGGGGAUUAUCCUUAUUUGAAUACUAAUAUGGAUACCUAUGAUGUACUGAUUAAAGAAGUCCCUCAGUUGGACAAAAUGAUGCGAACAGCUGCAGAAGUGGCUGGUCAGUUCAUGAUUAAACUUACCCAUGACAUUGAGUUGAACCUGGACUAUGAGAUGUACAACAACAAACUAUUUUCAUUUGUGAGAGAUCUGAACCAGUACCGAGCAGAUAUAAAGGAGAUGGGCCUGAGUCUACAAUGGUUGUAUUCUGCUCGUGGAGACUAUUUCCGUGCUACUUCCAGACUGACAACAGAUUUCCAUAAUGCUGAGAAAACAAACAGAUUUGUCAUGAGGGAAAUCAAUGACCGUAUCAUGAAAGUGGAGUAUCACUUUCUUUCACCCUAUGUAUCUCCAAGAGAUUCUCCUUUCCGGCACAUCUUCUGGGGCUCUGGCUCUCAUACGGUAUCAGCUUUACUAGAGAACUUGAAAUUACGUCAGAAAAAUAAUGGUGCUUUUAAUGAAACUCUGUUUAGAAACCAGUUGGCUCUAACUACUUGGACUAUUCAAGGAGUAGCAAAUGCUCUAUCUGGUGAUGUUUGGAAUAUUGACAAUGAGUUUUAAACAUGAUACCCUUAACUUACGUAAGAACAUCAGGGUAGUUUGGUUUCUAGACUUGUGCUGGUUAUGCUGAAUUUUCAAGUAAGACUACAAAACCUAAUGUUAAAAUUCUACCCAGUCAUCUCGAUGCUACUAGAUGUCUUUAGGUGGCAGCUUUUAAUACAGGGUAGGAACCUGCAUUUCAAGUUAAAGUGAGUAACCACCAAAAAAGUUCAUGACAGAGUAUUUUCUCUGAUUAUCUUUAAAAUGUUAAGUGCUUUGUAAAGAUAACUGCCUCUUUGCAUUCUAAUUAGGAAAAUGUCAGAACCAGUUACAUGAACUGUUGUUCUAAAUCCCAAGGACAGGAGCUGACCUGAGCUGGUGUCUUUUCUUUAUUCCCCCCCACCACCCCACCCCUCUGUACUGGGGGUUGAACCCAGCUGUGGUCCACUGAGGAACCU